AUGGAAGAGCAACGUUGCUCUUUACAACCCAGCAGAAGCCCAGAUGCCACACCCACACACAAUGGAAGUGCUUUAAACAGUUUAACCACAGAUGCAGAUGCUGAAGCAUUCUUCAAAAGCAUUACUUCCAGUCAGGGACAACGGCUAGACGAUCAGCGUGCUGCAUUUCCUACCUUGCCAGAGAUAAGUGGGAAUUCUAAAAGAAAAGAAGAUGGUAGGAUUGCGAAUGCUGGAAUCUCAACUUCUCCACCACACAUCAUUGUUGCUGAAGGUACACCAAAAACAUCAAGGAAGGACUAUACCAGACGUACCUCACAACCCCAAAUUUUUAACUCAGAAUAUGGCUUCUCCAGAGCCCUACCUAAAUCUGCUUCAUUUACCACAGCGACAGCUUAUCAGAAGAAGAUAAAUUCCCCAGGACAGGUGACAGUGAAGGUGUCCAUGAGCUUCACACCAGAGCUGGGACAUAAGAAUACGGACCAACCAUCUAUAUUCCCAGAAGUCUUCCUUACUCUAGGAGCCCCUGGAGAUAACCUUGUGAUCCCUCUGAGCCCAUCACUUGGCAGAUCCCUGUCCUUCAACUUAAACCUUGUCCCAAAAGAAGAUGUCAAGUCCAGGCGUGGCUCUCAAAGCCUUGCAAGUCCCAGAAGAGGCCACUCAAGGUCUUCAUCUCCCAACCCACAUGAACAGAGGAGCAGCUCCAUCAGUCCAGAUGAAGACUGCUUCUCUCUGAUUGAGAAAGUUCACACAGCGCAGCUGCAGAAGGGAGGAAAAAAAUCCUCUCAAGGGGAUCCAGAAAAGGGGAGGGGAAAGAAAGAUAAUAAGUAUGGUGGCAAUAAACACUAG